GAGAGUCAAGUGUGAGAGUCCUCCCCCACCAAACUUGAAAGCAGAGUUGUUAGAUUCAGUGAUUCAAGUUGAAGAAAUCCGCACCAUGCUUCUUCUACUUGUCGGCAACCACUGCUCCACAGAAUCCCAAUUCCAAUUCCAUUGACGAUUCUCUGAGAAACCCCAUUUCUGGAUCGACGGAAGCCAUUGGAAGGAAGAACACAGUAGUCAGUGGAGUUGUGGGACUGUUUUGGAUUUCUCCGAUCCAAUGUUGGUCCAAGAACGUUCAACGCCGAAAUCCCCCAAAACCCAGAUCAGACCUCUCCCCACUCUCCAUUCUCAUCGCUUCUCCGAGUCCAAAAGCCUCGAUUUCUCCACAUGGCUCUCUGAAAAUCUCUACAGAGUAGUAACCAUUCUGCUCCUCGUCGUCUCCGUCGCCGCCCUCUUUUUCCUCCGCAAUGUCGGCGACAGCGCCGCCCUUCUCUGCUUCCAAUCCCAGACGACGGCCUUGGAGAAGAUUCAAUUCCCUAAAGUCGAUUGGAAUUCGAUCGUCUCGAUCCCGGCUAAGUCUUCUCUGUUCCCGGAUUUUCGGUCUGAGCAAUGGAUCGUUGUUUCCGUGUCGGAUUAUCCCAGCAAUUCACUGCGGAAGCUUGUGAAAAUGAAAGGUUGGCAGGUUUUGGCAAUCGGAAAUUCACUGACGCCGGCGGAUUGGGCUCUUAAAGGUGCGAUUUAUCUGUCCUUGGAAGAACAAUCUAAAUUAGGGUUUCGUGUGGUCGAGUUUCUUCCUUAUGAUUCUUAUGUGAGGAAAACUGUUGGGUACCUCUUCGCAAUUCAACAUGGCGCGAAGAAGAUCUUCGAUGUCGACGAUCGAGGGGAUGUGAUUGAUGGGGAUUUGGGCAAACAUUUCGACGUAGAAUUGGUUGGAGAGGGAGCGAGGCAGGAGAUCAUAUUGCAGUAUAGCCAUGAAAAUCCUAAUAGAACUGUUGUUAAUCCAUAUAUUCAUUUUGGGCAAAGAUCAGUGUGGCCUAGGGGUUUGCCACUGGAAAAUGUGGGUGAAAUUGCUCAUGAAGAGUUCUAUACCGAAAUUUUUGGUGGAAAGCAGUUCAUCCAACAGGGAAUUUCCAAUGGUCUUCCUGAUGUCGAUUCGGUAUUUUACUUCACUCGAAAAUCUGGAUUGGAAGCGUUUGAUAUUAGGUUUGAUGAACGUGCUCCAAAAGUGGCAUUGCCACAGGGUAUGAUGGUUCCUAUUAACUCCUUCAAUACUCUUUAUCACACCUCAGCCUUCUGGGCUUUAAUGCUUCCUGUUUCCAUUAGCACAAUGGCUUCUGAUAUCUUGAGAGGAUAUUGGGGCCAGAGGCUCCUUUGGGAAAUCGGUGGCUACAUUGUAGUAUAUCCUCCAACCGUUCACCGACAUGAUAAGGUUGAAGCAUACCCGUUUUCAGAAGAAAGAGAUCUACAUGUGAAUGUGGGUCGUUUGGUUAAGUUUUUGAAUUCGUGGAGAUCGAGUAAACAUAGGCUGUUUGAGAAGAUUUUGGAGUUGAGUUUUGUAAUGGCAGAAGAAGGGUUUUGGACUGAGAAGGAUGUGAAGUUUACAGCAGCUUGGCUUCAAGAUUUAAUUGCUGUUGGGUACCAGCAGCCGAGGCUAAUGUCAUUGGAAUUGGAUCGACCUCGAGCAACUAUUGGUCAUGGGGAUCGGAAGGAGUUUGUUCCGCAAAAAUUGCCAUCCAUACACCUUGGGGUUGAGGAAACUGGGACCGUGAGUUAUGAGAUAGGGAACUUGAUAAGAUGGAGAAAGUAUUUUGGAAAUGUUGUGCUUAUCAUGUUUUGUACAGGCCCUGUAGAACGAACGGCUCUUGAAUGGAGAUUGCUAUAUGGGCGGAUAUUCAAGACGGUGAUAAUUCUUUCAGAGACCAAGAAUUCGGAUCUUGUAGUGGAAGAAGGUAGAUUGGACCAUGCAUACAAGUACCUGCCCAAGGUUUUUGAAACAUAUAGCGGUGCAGAAGGGUUUUUAUUCCUGCAAGACAAUACAAUUCUUAACUAUUGGAAUCUGCUACAGGCGGACAAAUCAAAACUCUGGAUAACUGAUAAGGUACCCAAAUCUUGGACUACUGUAUCAGUUGAAAGCUCAGAUUGGUUUAUGAAACAAUCAAAUAUGGUAAGGAAGAUAGUGAGCAUGAUGCCAGUUCAUUUCCAAGUCAGUCACAAGCAGUCUGUAGCAAGUGAGAAGAGCCUCACAAUCUGCAGUUCCGAGCUCUUCUUCGUUCCUCGACGCUUCGUAGCCGACUUUCUCGACCUUCUUGGUCUAGUGGGUGACCUAGAACUCCAUCACAAGGUUGCAAUCCCCCUGUUCUUUACGGCAAUGGAUUCGGUCCAGAACUUCGACCCAGUAUUGAGUACAACGAGCUACAGAGAGAAACCACCCCCUACAAAUUCAUCAACCAUUUACUCUGUUCAUGUGCCUGCUGUUCAUCCCUGGAAUGUGUCAAGUGAACAGGAUUUCAUCAAAUUGGUAAGAAUUAUGGCAGAAGGUGACCCACUUCUAGCAGAGUUAGUUUGAGGGGAAAAAGAAAAAGGAAAAGAAAAGAGAGUUUGACACUUGGAUUCUUGGGAGUUAAGGGGAGACAUGUAUACUAAGGAAACUGUUGUUUUUCUUCUCUUUUUGGUUUUAGAGUGAAGGAAAAUACAUUUCAUUGACACCCCCCUCCCUCUCAACACUUGGUUUUUUUUUGUAGAGUUUGUGUUUUCCCACAAUUUGUUGUAAGAAAGAAAUUGUAUUCAACUAGUUCUUUUGUUUCAACAAGUAUAUGAACAGGAAAUUAUAUUGGUGGGCUCCUUCGUGGCGGAGCCUGUUUUGUAAUG